UCUUGCGUACAAAAGAUCCACUUGUAGGAAGCAGCAAAAUGUAAGCACGGUGGAAACGCAGAGCACCAGCUCCACUUUUUCAGCUUUUGUCCGUUUCCCCCACACCCCCCUUUCAUCCCUCGCUGACAUUUUCUUAUGGGGCAAAAAUAUGCUUACCUCGUCAUUUGAUUUGAGCCCACAAAGCUCUGUUUUCGAGGGCGGUCCAGCACAUUCGGGGAGGCUGCGACCGGGAACUCUGGCUGUCAGGAUCCUGCCUCCGGGAUUUGAAGGAAGGCUGACGGCGUACAUGCAUGCUUGGCAUGCCGGAGCUCUGCUGGCUUGCAUAUGGUCUACAGGAGGUUUUGCUUUUUAAAUCGGCAUCUGGACCGGAAGAAAUUGCAAACUUGAAAGCACUGAGUGAUGCUGGCGGAUGAUGGAGUGCACGAAGCGCAUGUGCGGAUGCUAGCUUGGCUCUUCUGAUGUCGUUUGCGUUGAGGAAUGAUGACUGAGUUCUACCUGUCUGACAGUAAUGCCAGUUACUUGCGAGCUGCCCGGGCUGGAAACCUUGAAAAGGUCCUUGACUACCUCAAGUCUGGGGUCGAGAUUAACAUUUGCAAUCAGAAUGGCCUGAAUGCUCUCCAUCUAGCCUCUAAAGAGGGCCACGUGGAGGUUGUGGCUGAGCUGCUGAAACUGGGCGCCGCCGUGGAUGCUGCCACUAAGAAAGGAAACACUGCCCUGCACAUCGCCUCGUUGGCCGGCCAAACGGAAGUCGUCAAAGAGCUGGUCACAAACGGAGCCAAUGUCAACGCACAAUCUCAGAAUGGCUUCACUCCUCUGUACAUGGCAUCCCAGGAGAAUCACCUGGAGGUGGUGCGCUUCCUUUUGGAGAACAACACAAGUCAGAGUAUGGCCACCGAGGAUGGGUUCACCCCUCUGGCAGUGGCCCUCCAGCAGGGCCACGACCAAGUGGUCUCCUUGCUUCUGGAGAACGACACCAAGGGCAAAGUGCGUCUGCCCGCCCUGCACAUCGCCGCCCGUAAGGACGACACUAAGGCCGCCGCACUGCUCCUUCAGAAUGACCACAACGCCGACGUGGAGUCCAAGAGUGGCUUCACCCCACUUCACAUCGCAGCCCACUAUGGCAACAUUAACGUGGCCACGCUGCUUUUGAACCGAGGGGCCGCUGUGGACUUCAUGGCCAGGAAUGACAUCACGCCCCUCCACGUGGCCUCUAAAAGGGGCAACAGCAACAUGGUCAAGCUGCUACUGGACCGAGGCUCCAAAAUAGACGCCAAGACCAAGGACGGUCUGACUCCUCUUCACUGUGGGGCGAGAAGCGGUCAUGCACAGGUGGUGGAAAUCCUGCUGGACAGAGGCGCUCCCAUCUUGUCCAAGACUAAGAACGGCCUGUCGCCGCUCCACAUGGCCACUCAGGGCGACCACCUGAACUGCGUGCAGCUGUUGCUGCAGCACGACGUGCCGGUGGACGACGUCACCAACGACUACCUGACAGCGCUGCACGUGGCCGCCCACUGCGGGCACUACAAGGUGGCUAAGCUCAUCGUGGACAAGAAGGCCAACCCCAACGCCAAGGCCCUGAACGGUUUCACCCCGCUUCAUAUCGCCUGCAAGAAGAACAGAGUAAAAGUGAUGGAGCUGCUGCUGAAGCAGGGAGCGUCCAUCCAGGCCGUAACCGAGUCUGGCCUGACACCAAUCCACGUGGCAGCCUUCAUGGGUCACGAGAACAUCGUCCACGCGCUCACCCAUCACGGAGCUUCACCCAACACCACUAACGUGAGGGGCGAGACGGCGCUCCACAUGGCAGCCAGGGCAGGGCAGGCCGACGUGGUUCGGUACCUGCUCAAGAACGGGGCCAAAGUGGAGACCAAGUCCAAGGAUGACCAGACGGCGCUGCACAUCUCCAGUCGUCUGGGCAAGGUGGACAUUGUGCAGCAGCUGCUGCAGUGCGGCGCCUCGGCCAACGCCGCCACCACCUCAGGCUACACGCCGCUGCACCUUGCGGCCCGCGAAGGCCAUCAGGAUGUCGCCACCAUGCUCCUGGAGAACGGAGCCUCUCUGGCUUCCUCCACAAAGAAAGGGUUCAGUCCGCUCCACGUGGCCGCCAAAUACGGCAAGAUGGAGGUAGCCAGUCUGCUCCUGCAGAAGAGGGCUGCGCCUGACGCUGCUGGCAAGAGCGGGCUAACUCCGCUGCAUGUAGCCGCUCACUACGAUAAUCAGAGAGUAGCCCUGCUGUUGCUGGAUCAGGGAGCUUCCCCGCACGCCGCCGCGAAGAACGGCUACACGCCGCUACAUAUUGCCGCCAAGAAGAACCAGAUGGACAUCGGCACCACGCUGCUGGAGUACGGCGCCGACACCAACGCGAUGACGCGGCAGGGCAUCAGCCCCAUCCACCUGGCGGCGCAGGAGGGCAGCGUGGACCUGGUGUCACUGCUGUUAGCCAAGAGCGCUGCCGUCAACAUUUGCAACAAGAGCGGACUCACACCGCUCCACUUAGCGGCUCAGGAAGACAAGGUCAACGUUGCGGAAGUCCUCCUCAACCACGGCGCUGACGUCAACGCGCAAACCAAGAUGGACUACACGCCGCUGCAUGUGGCUUGUCACUACGGCAACGCCAAGAUGGCAAACUUCCUGCUCCAGAAUCAUGCCAAAAUCAACAGCAAAACCAAGAAUGGAUACACACCGCUGCACCAGGCGGCUCAGCAGGGCCACACGCACAUCAUCAACCUUCUGGUCCAGCGUGGCGCCUCAGCCAACGAGCUCACCACGAAUGGGAACACGGCGCUUGCCAUCGCCCGUCGCCUUGGUUACAUCUCAGUGGUGGACACCCUGAGGCCUGUGACAGACGAAAACCUGAAUACUGCGAGUGCAGCCGAAAAACACAAAAUCAACGUCCCGGAAACCAUGAACGAGUUCCUGGACAUGUCAGAUGACGAAGUUUGGGCCAAUGUGCCUGAAAGUCUGGAGGAGGAGUCCAUGUCAGAUGACGAUGAAGGUGAGGAUGCCAUAACCUGCGACACGGACAAGUACCUGCGGCCCCAGGACCUCAAAGAGUUGGGGGAUGACUCCCUCCCUCAGGAGGGCUACAUGGGCUUCAGCAUUGGCGCCCGCUCGGCCAGCCUCCGCUCCUUCAGUUCGGAUAGGUCCAACACCCUCAACCGGAGCUCCUUCGCCCGGGACAGCAUGAUGAUCGAGGAGAUCUUGGCCCCCACCAAGGACACGCUUCAGAGUGUCUGUAAAGACAUUUCCUACCUGGUCGACCCACUAAAUAAGCACCUGGCCGUGACCCACGAAUACAACUCUGAGUGCCUGCGGCGCUACAGCUGGACCCCGGACAUGGUGGACCACGGCCACAACAUGGCGUCCAGCCCCAUCCACUCUGGCUUCUCCUCCCCGCUCCCUCAGUAUGACUCCAGGUUCCUGGUCAGCUUCAUGGUGGAUGCGCGCGGCGGGUCCAUGAGGGGCAGCCGCCAUAACGGCAUGCGCAUCAUCAUCCCGCCCAGGAAGUGCACGGCGCCCACUCGCAUCACCUGUCGCCUGGCCAAGAGGCAUAAGCUGGCCUACCCGCCGCCCAUGGUGGAAGGGGAAGGCCUGGUCAGCAGACUCGUGGAGGUCGGCCCGGCCGGGGCUCAGUUCCUUGGUCCCGUGAUUGUGGAGAUCCCUCAUUUCGGCUCCAUGCGGGGGAAGGAACGAGAACUGAUUGUGUUGAGGAGUGACAACGGCGACACGUGGCGGGAGCACCAGUUUGAGUCCACGCUAGAGGAACUUACGGAGCUGCUGACCGGCAUGGACGAAGAAUUGGAUAGCCCUGCCGAAUUGGAGAAGAAGCGCAUCUGCCGCAUCGUGAGCCGAGACUUCCCUCAGUAUUUUGCCGUGGUGUCGAGAAUCAAGCAGGAAUCCAACCACAUGGGUCCUGACGGCGGCGUCCUGUCCAGUAGCACUGUCCCCAUGGUUCAGGCCUCCUUCCCGCAGGGCGCGCUCACUAAGAAGAUCCGUGUCGGCUUGCAGGCUCAGCCUCUUCCCGAUGACAUGGUGAGAGCGGUCCUGGGGAACCGAGCCACCUUCAGCCCAAUUGUCACCGUGGAGCCCAGGAGGAGGAAGUUCCACAAGCCAAUCACCAUGACCAUCCCCGUUCCGCCCCGCCAGGCGGAAGGUCACCCCACCGGCCACCGCGGCGACGCGACGCCUUGCCUGCGUUUGCUCUGCAGCAUUACAGGAGGGACGUCCCCCGCCCAGUGGGAAGACAUCACAGGGACCACGCCGCUUUCCUUCGUGACCGAUUGCGUCUCCUUUACCACAAAUGUGUCGGCCAGGUUCUGGCUCGCAGACUGUCACCAGAUUCCUGAGACGGUGGGUCUGGCGUCUCAGUUAUACCGGGAGCUGAUCUGCGUGCCGUACCUGGCCAAAUUUGUGGUGUUUGCCAAAAUGAAUGACCCGGUGGAGGCGCGCCUCCGCUGCUUCUGCAUGACGGACGACAAAGUGGACAAGACUCUCGAGCAGCAGGAGAACUUUGAGGAGGUGGCUCGCAGUAAAGACAUUGAGGUUCUGGAGGGGAAGCCCAUCCAUGUGGACUGCUAUGGCAACUUGUCUCCGCUGACCAAAAGUGGACAGCAGCUUGUAUUUAAUUUUUACUCUUUCAAGGAGAACAGACUUCCAUUCAAUGUGAAGACCCGAGAUAUGGGUCAGGAGCCCUGUGGCCGCCUGUCGUUCCUGAAAGAACCCAAAAACUCCAAAGGUCUUCCGCAGACUGCCAUUUGCAAUCUGAACAUCACACUGCCGACUCACAAAAAGGAAAUGGAGUCCGAUCCCGACGAUGAGAAUGAAAGGCCAGAACGACGCCAUACCUUUGCCUCCUUAGCUUUGCGUAAGCGCUACAGCUAUUUGACCGACCCUGCGGCCAGUCCCCAAAGUCCUUGUGAGCGGACAGAUUUGCGUAUGGCCAUUGUAGCAGAUCACCUGGGACUCAGCUGGACCGAGCUGGCUCGGGAGAUGAACUUCACAGUAGAUGAGAUCAACCACAUUAGAUUGGAGAACCCAAACUCGCUGACAGCACAAAGCUUUAUGCUAUUAAAGAAAUGGGUCAGUCGAGAAGGGAAAAACGCCACAACCGACGCCUUGACGGCCGUGCUGACCAAAGUCAACCGGAUGGAUAUUGUGACUUUACUGGAGGGCCCAAUUUUUGACUAUGGUAACAUUUCUGGCACGAGAUGCUUUGCCGAUGAUCAUGCGGUUUUCCGGGAUCAGGCUGAUGAUUAUCAGAGCAUUCUAGCCGAGUUGCAUUCCCCCGCCGUCCUGCACUCCGACCCACAUUUCCUGGUGCCCGAACUCCCCAUCACACCCGACCCUUCCCCUGUGCAGCAUCAGCAUCACCAUUACCCGCAACCCGACUCCCUUUGGCCGACAGACUCCCAGUCUCAGCCCCCGCACUGGAGCCCAGAGAUCAAAGCUGGAAUCCCACCCGAGAGUCCCCUUAGACCGUGUCAGCUUGCCCUGUCCCUUUCAGCUUUUGACCUCCCUGAUCCCAUUCCGUCCAAGGUGCGAAAGCCCCACAUCGCCCUGAAUGACCAGCUGCUUUUGAGCGAGGAGGAGGACAGAUCUUAUCGAGAAAUGGAGCCGAGCCGCAAGCCCAAGUCACGUGCCGUCCCGGCAAUGUGCGAGUUAGACGUCAGCAUGGCCUACUCCACAUCAUCCUCUUCAGUCUCGUCUGCAUCGUCUGCAACUCCUUCAACACCCGACAGAGCACAAAUGGAAAAUGUGGUCCAAGUGGACAUGUGUAUUGAAGGACGUGAAAAGAAAGUCUCAAAAGAAAAGGUCGAUGAGACAAUUGCGGCAGUGGGAAAGGUAUUUGUGCAAAGGUGGGUGGAGGAGGAUUUGAUUAAAAACGUGGAGAAAAAAUGUGAGAUAGUGACAAAAGAUAGGUGUCAGCUGGAGGCGAGGAAGAAUAUUUUCACAGGACAAAAGGGAGAAGCAGAAAUGAAAAUUAAUGUGCUGGGAAGUGGAUUUGGGGGAGAUGAAAUAGAGGCUGAGACUUACAAAGAGGGUGUUGAUGAAACAACUGAGAAGAGUGAAGAACUGGUCCACCGUGAGGACAGAACAAAAGUUGCUGAACAAGUACUGCAAGGUGAAGACAGAGGCACUUGCCAACCAAGUGACUUGACUGUUCACGAAUGGGCUGAGGCCCUUUGGGAACAUCAGCCCACUGAGGAGGAUGGCGGAGAAAAUCAAGAGAUCUCUAAUCUCAAGGCAGUGGCGAAGACUGAAGAAGGCUCAGAGGAGACGGAGGAGGACCAGGAGACGACUGCCGAGGCAGCCAGAGAUCUGAAGCUUCUCAAUCGUGCCGAACAGCCAGAAAAAGAUGUGUGCUCGCUUUCAGGUUGGCAGAGUGACUCAUCCAGCGUCAAUGCGGAGCCACCGACGCCGGGACGCAGCUCGGAUCUGCUGGACAGGCGGGAAAGCAGCCACGAGAACUCCAGCGAUUCCGUCACUUCCUCGUCCAGAGGCGAAUCAGGGAGGUCCCGGCAGAACGGCGACAACUCCAAAAGCUCACCUCAGGGCGGCUCAUCCGAGUCGAUGAAUGGCAGAAAAGAAGAGGGAACGCUGGUGUCCGAGAAGAAAGUCCAGCAGCUGGUUAGUGUAGAUUCCGGUUCCGAGGAAGAACAUACCGUAACCACCAGAAUCUUCCGACGCAGGCUCAUUUUAAAGGGCGAGGAAGCGAAAAACAUAUCAGGCGAGUCUGUGACUGAGGAACACUACUUGGACCAAGACGGUAACUUCAUCAGUAGAAAAGUCAUCAGGAAGGUCAUCCGCCGGCUCUCUAGCUCCUCGACAGACAACCGCAGGGACCUUCAGAAAAGCCCCAUCCUGCCGAAGGACGGGCUUGAGAAAGACGGAGCGUCGAGGAAUAGCAGACGGAUGGACGACAAGAGGCCCGGAGAUAAAAAGUUUCAUUCCUAGGGGACGGAUGGUGGUCCUUGCUCCCAGCCAUCCAGGAUCAUAGUCCACAAGCCUGGGAACAGGACAUACCUGAGGGCUGAGGUGUUCCAGUUUGAGGAUUUGAGUCCAAGAGUCCUGCCAGCAUCCGCUUCCACCGACGGGACUUCACAUGGCAAGAGGAGCCCAAUGCCCCUCUUGACCCUACAACGCAUGAGCAUGAACAAACUCCUCCAACUUCCCGUCAAUCAAAGGGCCCGAGAGUGGGGGGUAAACCCUCGGUCCGCGGGACCGGCUGUCGAGGAUUCCGCCUCCUGUUAGGACUUUCGGGGGAAGGCCUCUCAGGGGGGAGGGGGGGCUCCUUCGCUCACAUACACACACACGUAGGUGCAACCGUUGACCAAAGACGGCACAAUCGGAAAUAUGAAGACACAACACAGCACGACUGCGAUCUAAUGGAACACGUCAGCCAAUCUUCAACAUGUUCAGCACUGGCCUUAGUUUUUUUUCUUGAACCCGCUCUUGUCAGGAUGUUUUGGGACAUAUUUUCUUCCUUUUUUAAAAAAAAAAUACAUUUUUCUGUAUAUAGAGUCAGAAUGUGUACAAUUCUUAAUAAGCUUCUGCUAGGGCGGAGUUUGGUCACAUUGGGGUGUGGGGUCUUUUCAAGUGCUUUGGUAAUCCACUGAAGCAGUUCCACUUUCCAAAGUUGUGAGUGUAACAGGUUCUUGUAAAAAAUGAAGAAAAAUUAAAAAAAAUAUAGAAGAUCUACUAGAUCGGGUAUAACGUUUGUACGCAAACUGGUUUGAUUUUAACGUGAGGACGUUUCCAGAAAAUUUGUGUUGGGUCAUUCCCAAAGUGGGGAUCUAAUCCCGCAGCCUUUCAAGAGUAUUUUCAAGCAUGCCGGUCACAUUAUUUUAAGUACAAUUUUUACAAGUUUGCAAAAGCACCGUAUUAAGAAAAAAAAGGCCCUUUUAUCUGUGUGUACACGUAUAGCCCGAAUGUUUGUCACUGGUUUUAUAUUUGAAAAUGGACAAGCAUAGAAUUCAGGAAUUCUUUUUUUUUGAAUGGUGAAAGAUGUGUGCGAGUGUGUGUGUAAAACUGGAGGGGCAUCUCGAGAGCGUACUAACUGCAAAUGUAAGCGCUAGUAGCCUGGCUCGCUGUACAACACUGUAACCGUGUAUCGUGCGUUAUCGGCUAGAAGGUGUGAAGAGUCUCCGUGCACUGUUUCCACCGUGUCUCACAAAUGCUGUGUGGUGUCAAAUGACUAAAAAGGGGAUUCAUUUUUCCAUUAUUCAUAUUUUUAUGGUGACGGGUUGAGACUUGAUUUAAAAUCCACUCACAAGUAAAGAUCAUUUUGAUUAGCAUCUUGGAGGAAAAAAAACACUGGAUGGUCAACAGAAGCAGUUUAAGCAUCGAAUAAAUGUUAACGCCGUGUGGUUUUAGGCAGGUUUAAUGCAGUGUCCUUUAGAAUCAUUUUCAUCACUCGUGUGUUGGUUUUCAUUAGGUCAAUGUGCUCAGUAUCAGUAUGCUGAUGCCAACUCUGUGGACAUUAAAACUAUGUGACUUUCUUUGGGGGUAUGUCAGAGGUACACAUCCCCUUGCUCCCCUUAAAAUCUAUCAGGGGCUCGAUGAUCCUUUGAUACGGUUGAACUAUCGAUUUUGUUUCAUAUGUGUUUUCACCCGAGCGGACUUUUUGAUGUACAAUUCUUACUAACAGAGUGAAGCCAUUGAAAUGUAAUAAUAAUUCUAGCACUUUGGUGAUUCGAGGUCUUUUAGAGGCGAUAGAGAACGGCGCAAAUGUUUCAGAUGUCUUUCAAGAAAGGAACAAAACAGACUCAAAAUCGACCUUGAAAGGAUAAAAAAAUAAAAUGCAUUGGUUUUGCAAUA